GAUUGGGAUGGGAUAUGAACAAUGGGAUUGGAUCAGACACAACCUUGUGGUGCACAUUGGCCUAACUUAUUGUAUAUAUCAGUAUCAUCAUGCCCUUUAUUCUUUGCCAUCUUUGAACAUUUGAUCAGCCAUCAAAACUCAAAAAGAGAAAAGAAACUUGAGCAGAAAGGAACCAGACAUGGAAGCUUGUUUCCUUGCCUCGAAUUCCUUCACCAAAACCUUAGAGUCUGCUACUUUCCCCAAGCGAAAUUCGACUCAAUUUCAAAGCAAAAGAGUUGGCAUUCCAUCUUCAAUCACAAGUUGCCGGAUGGAGUCGCCUUCACCGUCCGGUGAUGACCACAAACCUUCCAUUAAUACCGAUUGGCGAUCAUUCAGAGCAAAACUGGUAGCUGCAGAAAAAGCAUCAGUGCCCAAAGUGCCUAAUUCCUCAGUUGUUGAUCUAGACACUGUGGUGGAUCAACCUCGGCCCAUCACUGUUGGUGACAAGUGGGCUCAUACAAUCCACGAGCCCGAAAGAGGCUGCCUACUCCUUGCCACCGAAAAGCUGGACGGGGUCCAUAUUUUUGAACGGACAGUUAUUUUGGUUUUGUCCACUGGGCCUUUGGGCCCGUCAGGCAUCAUACUAAACCGGCCCUCCCUAAUGUCAAUCAAAGAAACAAGAUCAACGGCUCUAGAUGUCGCCGGGACAUUCUCAGACAGGCCGCUGUUCUUCGGUGGGCCUUUGGAGGAAGGGCUGUUCUUAGUGAGGCCCAAGAAGGGUGAUGUUAUAGUUGGGAGGAGUGGUGUUUUUGAUGAGGUGAUGAAGGGAUUGUAUUAUGGGACAAAGGAAAGUGUGGGUUGCGCAGCUGAAAUGGUGAAGAGGAAUAUGGUUGAGCUUGGGGACUUCAGGUUCUUUGAUGGGUAUUGUGGGUGGGAAAAGGAGCAAUUGAAGAAUGAGAUAAGAGCUGGUUAUUGGACUGUAGCAGCUUGUAGCCCAAGUGUAAUUGACUUGAGUAAUGUGGGAAGUGCUGGGCUUUGGGAGAAGGUUCUUGGGCUUAUGGGCCGUAGAAAGGUUCGGUGAGAUCGUAAAUUGUUAACUAAUGUAAUCAAUCAGGAAGUGUUACAUAUGGGUAAAGCCACAUCAAUGAAACUGUUCACCAAUGCCAAACCUGGCUAAAUGGUCAAAUGUGCAUGUAUUGACUGUUGCGAAAGGUUUCAGAGUAAAGUAGGGAAAUUAUCCCUAGUCAAGCCCCA